CUUAGUGAGAAGACUAUGAGGCGACGGCAUGUUCAGCCCAACAAGAUAAUGUCGAUUAAUGCGGUUUGGGACGGAUGUAAUCUACCAGGAGGAAGUAAUAAAUGCUAAAAGGGUUUAUGACAUUAAAAUGACGCACUUGAAAUGCGGUCAGUUGGCUGGAAAGCUGAAGCUGCCAGUGUAAACGCCUCAGCUGAGCUCAUCUUCUGCCUGAAUCCCUGCAAUUGAUCCCUCAUUACACUCUGAACAAAGUGAGUCAGUGUACCUCCUUCCAAAAUGAGCCGGGACGCUCCUAUCCACAGCUGGCCCGGCUCCUAUUACAUCAACAGUGAGAAGCGGUGGGAAAACGGCACCCUGUCCCUCACCAGGACCGUGGUGCGCUUCGUCUCCAACCAGAGCAAGGAGAGUCUUGCCAGCUUCCGCCUCUCCCGUAUCAUGGAGAUCAAGAUGGAAUCGUCCAGUUUCAUCUUCAGCACUUUGACAGUGCUUGAGGAGGGCAAUGUGAAACACUGGUUUGGUUCCCUGAAGCCCAACAGGGUGGUGGUUUAUAAUGUGUUGGAACAUUUUUGGCGAGAACUCCUCCUGUCCCCGAGCUCAGAGGCCCGUGGGGCCGAGUCUCAGCCCUCUAAAGGCAGAGAGCUGAUUAACCUGGUGGCAGGAGCCCAGAGAAGACUGGAGGACACCGGCAGGGUCCUCAGCCACCAAGGAGAGCAGUUUGAUAAUAUGAUGCAGGGACUGGAGAAGAUUGACUCUGACCUGGGCGUGGCUGAUAAACUUCUGUCUGAGCUGGAGUCUCCUUCUUGGUGGCCUUUUGGUAAACUACCCUGGAAGACUCAGCAGGAAGCCAAGGCUGAGGAUGCUGCAAGAGCUGCAGCUUCUGCCGCUGCUUCAGCUGGCAGAGCGUCUGGCAGAAAUAAGGUGAUCACAAGCAUCCCAGCUGUAGUGUCCAAAGGUGGAGACUCAGACUUGAAACCGGGAUGCCUGUUGGUGCUGGUGUCCUCGUUGGAGGUGCGAGACACAAACUGCCAGCUCCUUCAUCGUUUUGAACGUAAUGAAAUCGACGAAAUCAGGGUGCGGAGUCCUUAUGAGAUUACUGUUAGACAGCGGUUCAUUGGGAAGCCAGAUAUAUGCUACAGGUUCCUGUCUGCCAAGAUGCCAGAGGCAAUGUCAGUUUUAGAGAUGCAGUACAAAAAGAAGGUUGAAUUUACCAGCGAAUACGCUGCUUUCAAGGCAACUCCAGUUUCAUCUCCGUGUGAUGCAGAAGGGACAACUUGGAAUGAAGGUUUGUUGCAGAGGUGCCAAGACACAGAGCUCCCACUGGAGGUCCCAGCAGGAGAGCUGUCCCAGUUGCAGGUGCAUGUCCUCCAGCCAUCUGUCAGUCAGGCUGAGGCCCAGGAACUUAAACAGAUGCUGAUGCAGCUGAAGAACCUUGCCCUGGAGGCUGAAACGGAGCUGGAACGGCAGGACGAAGUUCUGGACGUCCUGACGAGCUCCACGGACCGAGCCACCAUGCACAUAGAGAAGCACACCUGCCGUAUGAAAAGACUGUUGUAGCCCUGGCAGUCCAGCUGAUGCAUGUGGUCACCAUAUCCCUCCUAUGAAACACACCGUAAGCCUCUUCAUUCUCCUCAUGGGAUUGUUACAGCAGUAGGGACUUGCAUAUACUCUAAGAUAGUUCAUAUGAUAUUUGAUAUAAGACUGAUUCUUCAUUUUGGAGACUAUAGCUUUUAAUGAGCUUCAUGGUCUCGUGAAUUUCGACAUAAGUUAACCCUUCAGUGCAAAUCCAAAUUUGUCACAUCUUACUUUUUGGAGUUUCCUUAGAGGAGAAAUAACUCACCCAGUACCAGGUUCAGUCCCUGGUAAAGGUGCUUGUGGCCUGGCUCAGUCUAUUGAAUCCCAGUGGAGAUGUUUAUGGUAGGAAGGCAGUGAGGGAUCACAUCCUUGUUGGUGCAUUAGUGAGUCCCAUUGGCUGGUCGUGGCACCUGAGUGGGAUCUGUUGGAAUACCAUGAAUCCUCAGUGCACGUCAAGCGCUUCUGGUGAAGUUAGCAGGUGAAGAAAUGAGCUCAUGAGUCUGUGUAUAUCAGAGGGGGCACACAACAGUUUACACCAUCCCCAGUGGCCCAGUGGGAGACAGCAGUGACGACCACUACAGUGAAGGGCAAAAUAGACAUCAAAAAGCGAUAAAGGAAAUAACUAGUCUAUUUAUUCUCUUUGCAUAAACUAAUUCAAAACAAGUUGCAUGAUGUUUCCAUAGGUGUUAUUUACAAGACAGAUGUAAGACAGAAGCAUAAACCUUAUUCAACAUUGUGAAAAUGAUUAGCAAAUAAUUAACAGGUAAGGUUUGCAAAUAUCAUCAGAGUAAUGUCUGUGUUUCUGAUGAUGUACUGCCCCCCCCCCCUUUUAUAGCCAUUUCUGUCCUCAUAAAUUGUCCUCCUCAGGUCGUAGGUGCCACUUAUCCCCUCUGGACACGGUUUUCCUGUGGUUUAAUGUUGCAUGUCUCAAUGUUGCUGCUUUGUACUGCAUCCAGUGGAAAUGUCUCGCCAUUAUCAAUAAAUAGCAUAAGAUUAUAAAUGUGCAGCUAACUUCUGGGACAGAACUGAAAAUAAUCCCUCUUUCUGUUUAAUAUUAUACACAAAAUACUCCAUUUUUAGGUCCACAUCUACUGUAUAUGAUUUGCUUAAGAUUGACACUAUUCUAAGACUGUAUUAUCUCUAAACAUAUAUAGUAAUUCUGUCAUUUUAUUGUGGUCUGUCAUCACUGUGAACUUGUAAUUAGAAGUUUAACUUGAAAUAUCAGUACUGUGUUUUAAAAGACGUAAGGAAGUGAUGUAUAGAUGCAUCUUUUUGCUGAUAAUGCCAAAUUUAUCUCGACACGGGACACAACUAAACAAUUAUCUCUACACCUGCAUCUUUCUUAUAGUAAUAAAUAAAUAAAUAAAUAAAGCAGCACAACAGGAAUGAAUUCAUUUUAUCAGCUAGUGAGUCAUCACCAUUAGAAGUCUGUAAUAGCAUAUAAUUUGCAAUAAAAUGAAGUCUCAC